AUGAGGAUAUCUGCGCUGUUCGCCUUCGAAGCAGUCUAUGUGGAGCGGAGUUUUGACAAACGAAGUACAUACUGCGGGCGCGAGGCUAUACGGGAGUACUGGGAGACCCAGAUCGUUGGCAAGCAGUCGAACAUUGGAUUUCGGCAUGUUGUCGGCGACAUGGUUCUGGACUCUGGAAAACGGAAGGCGGUGGUGAAAUGGCUGGCGGAGUUUGACAAUGUGCGCUAUCGUGUGAAGGAGAGGCAGAAGCGAUGCCAUUUCGUGCAGGUAGCAAUUCUGGAGUUCUCGCCUGACUUGCGGGAGCUAACCUACUUGGAGGAGUACAUGCAGAGUGUCUCUGGCCCCGGAUUCAGAUGGCCAGGCCUAUCUGCGCCUGAGCAUCAGCUGCGGGCGAUGCUGCGCAUGGAGCCAGAAUCCUUCGGCACGCCGCCGUCCCCUGCUCGGUGUCAGCGCUGCGGUCUUGACUUUCCGUCAAGAAAUGCUCUCUUCCGCCACAUUCGUAACGGGUCCUGCUAUGAUGGCAGCCCUGCGGCCCCGCCAUCCAUCCUGUUUCGGGAGUCGCGCCGGCACGUAGCGCUGACGGUCUCCUACCACCAGUGGGAGGAUGACCUUUGGAAGGAGCUGGUGGCUGCUGCGUGGGCAGCUUUCCCCCCCAGCCAGGCGGAGGCAGAGAAGAAGGUGCCUUCACCUCGGCUCUCAGGCGCCGUGCCCUGCAGACGAGCCAAGAACGCAGUCGUAAACGUUUUCGGAUUGCGCCUUCCCAAAUCCGCUGAGGAGGUCUCGGACAACGAGGUUCGAGAGCGUAUUCAACAGGAGUUGGCUCAUGUCGCCAACUUUCGCAUCCUUGCCUGCACGGGGGUUGGCUGCAAUUUUCAUGCCUCUUCUUUUUGUGAGGUGCAGCGGUAUGAGGUGAUGAUCCCCUGGUCGAUACUAGAGACGGAUCCAUGCCUGGAGAGACGAAAGCUUUAUGAAGGUUCAUCAGUGCGUUUUGACCGUGAGCUUGCAAGACGUUUGAAAGCCGGAAUCCAGCAUUUUCGGCCUGGGCCACGCUUUUGGCUGAAUUUCUGCGAUGCACGCAGCAUAGGCAGAGGUGAUCCUCCGGAGUUCGCCCUGAAUCGCUUCCGCGCCACUGUGGGCCCUGAUGGAUGGUUCAUCCUAUCUCUAGGCAUUCAAAGUGCCCUGCCAGGCAUGAUAGAGAGGAUCGUUGGAGGCCUCGUUCUGUGGAUGCGAGGCUUUGUGCCGGACGACUUUCUGAUGGAAGCUCUUUCCGAUAAACCGACGCCAGUACCGAAAGUUCCCAGCUUCUGCAUCUAUUUACGAUCUCCACACAUGUAUCGCUACGAGCACAAGCACAGCAUCAGCCUGACAAAGUGUUCUGGGAUGGAUGACUAUCUCGUAGAAAUGCAGAAGCGAAUCGUCGCAGAGGAGGAAGCCACUGGGACGCUGCAGUCCUGGGCUGAUGGGCUCCCUCUCUGGCUAGACCAGAAGCUCGAAUACGACAGUCUCUGGUCAAUGCAGCUGUCCACUUUGCCCAUGAAGACGGUCCGUCGGGAGCAGCGCAAAGACGCCGCGAAUGCACCAACUGCAGCGCGCGAUGCAGAGAGGCAUGAGAAGGUGCUUCAAGUCAGACGACGGGAGCUUCUCCAUCAUUGGCGGGAGGCCGCUCUGCUUUUCAAGAAGGCAAGGCUCUGGCAGAUUCAGCGGCCUCGUCUGGUCAUGGACAUCACCGGGCAGACAAUGCUCGCUGCUUCCUUCCUGGUGCUGGCGCGGCGUGCUCGCCAAAGGCGAGCUGCGCGCAAGGCGCAGGAGAAAGUGCACGCAAUGUGCCACAAAUCUAAGCUCUUGAGAAGCUUCGAUGAGUGGGCGAAGGUGUACGAGUUUGAGUCCUCCAGCUUCUAUGCAUCGCGUCUUCUCGACCGCUGGAAGCUUUCAAGGCUUUUGGAGCGCUGGAAGCAGCAUACCGUCUUCAGAGCUGGCUUUGCGUCGCAUGUCAACAAAAAGACCGACAAUGCCAAACUCCAGCGUCUUGCCAACUGCAUGACGGCCUGGAAAGAGAGGCUACAGCUUCGGCAGUUGGUUGCUGGCAUGUGGCUCGCACGUCGACGGGCCUGGAACUCGGCGCUGUUCAUGGCCUGGAAGAGCUAUGCGAACAAGGUUGCAGAGCAGCGGCGGCAGCUGCGGCGUCUUUACCGCAUCACGAAGUUCCGCCAGGCCAGCCGCGGUGCAAAGCAGCGCCGCAGCGUGGUCGACGCGAGGACGGUCGGCCAGUUUUUCAGGGCCUAUGCCGCAUGGGUGGCGCAGGCACGUGCAGUGCAG